UGCAAAUUCCAACCCAUUUUAGUGCCAUUACUCUCCAACGCUCCAGUUCCCAGUACGUCGUCAAUGGAGAAAAAUUUGGGAGAGAGGCUGCUCGACGGCCAUGGGAACGGCCAUGAAGAGCAGAGAAGUGACGUGGAAGAGGAAGAGGAGACGAAGAGUUUUGGGAGAAGGGUUUUGGAGGAGAACAAGAAGCUUUGGAGGGUUGCCGGACCAUCCAUCUUCACUAGAUUCUCCACCUUCGGCGUUACUGUUAUCAGUCAGGCUUUCGUCGGCCAUAUCGGUCCUACUGAACUCGCCGGCUAUGCCCUCGUAUCCACCGUCCUCGUACGCUUCGCUAAUGGCAUCCUGUUAGGCAUGGCAAGUGCACUAGAAACUCUAUGUGGUCAAUCUUACGGUGCAAAACAAUAUCACAUGCUUGGCAUUUACCUACAAAGAUCAUGGAUUAUCUUGUUUGUAUGUGCGGUGUUACUUCUCCCCAUAUUUAUCUUCACAACCCCACUACUAAAGCUUCUAGGCCAAGAAUCAUCUAUUUCGUCAAUGGCGGGAAUUAUAUCCAUAUGGUUCAUUCCUGUCAUAUUCUCCUACGUUUGGGGGUUCACCCUCCAGAUGUAUCUCCAAGCGCAGAGCAAGAACGUAAUCAUAACCUACUUGGCAGUUCUUACCCUUGCCCUCCAUUUUUUCUUCUCGUGGCUGUUGGCUAGGAAGCUGAGUUUGGGGCUUGAUGGAAUUAUGAUUUCCAUGAUCUUUGCGAUGUGGCUUCCUGUAAUUGGCCAGCUUGGCUUUGUGUUUUUUGGUGGCUGCCCUCAGACGUGGACGGGGUUCUCAUUUGAUGCUUUUAAGGAUCUUUGGCCAAUCAUCAAGCUUUCUCUCUCAUCUGGUCUAAUGCUUUGUUUGGAGUUAUGGUACAACACUAUCUUGGUCCUUUUAACAGGAUAUAUGGAGAACGCAGAGGUUGCUAUUGAUGCUCUGUCCAUCUGCCUCAACAUCAAUGGGUGGGAAAUGAUGAUAUCAAUUGGUUUCUUGGCAGCAUCAGGUGUGAGGGUGGCUAAUGAGCUAGGUGCAGGAAGUGCAAAACGUGCCAAGUUUGCGAUUGUUAAUGUUGUGGCAACAUCUUUCUUCAUUGGAUUCUCUCUCUUUAUAGCAUUUCUAUUUUUCCGGGGGAGUCUUGCCUAUGUUUUCACAGACAGCUUAGAGGUGGCUUCUGCUGUUGGAAACUUAUCUCCUCUAUUGGCAGUCUCCAUUUUGUUGAAUAGUGUUCAACCCGUUCUUUCAGGCGUUGCUGUCGGUGCGGGCUUGCAGGGUGUGGUUGCUUAUGUCAACAUAACUUGCUACUAUUUGAUCGGAAUUCCCCUUGGAUGUUUGCUUGGUUAUAUAUUGGGUUUCCAUAUUAAGGGGAUUUGGUUGGGAAUGUUAAUUGGCACAUUUGUUCAAACUCUGGUGCUUCUUUUCAUCACAUGCAGAACUGACUGGGACAAACAGGUAGUUUUGACCAAGGAGCGUGUCAGCAAGUGGUACAUGGAAGAAAGAAGAAAGGCUUCUAGCAGAAAUGCACAGCGUAAUGAACUGGCUUAAGUUGCUUUGUUGUCUUGGAAGCAGGGAAAGCUAAGGGCUUGUUUGUCAGCCAUGUUUUUCUAUUUUUUCAAUUAAAUGUCUCAUGUCUUAGAAAAACACAGCGAAUUAUUAGUUAUUUUAUCAACAACUGGUAAUAUCUUAAUCCAAAGCCCUGCCACAUAAUGUAAUCAUAUUGCCACCUUCUAUAAACACCGGCUUUUUUUUGUACUAGGGCGAAGACUAGGGAUCGAAUUCUCAUUGUAUGCAGUGUGAAAUGUGUGGUAUACUAAAAAAACCUGCAUAUGUUUUUUAUUA